AUGUCCAACAACAUCCGUAUGUUCAUUCGAAUGAUCCAUGAAGAAGUUGAAGAUGAUGAAGAGGAUGAGGCUAUUGCUACAGCUUUAGUAGAGCAAUAUGCUCAAUAUAUGGAUCACGACUUUUUUUCACAUCACGGUGGAUCCGUGCUGAACCACCGUAUCAUCAAUCGCAACAGAGCUGAAGGUCAUGAGAGGCUUUAUCGUGAUUAUUUUGCAGAUUCACCAACAUAUCCAUCACAAUUAUUUUGCAGAAGGUUUCGAGUUCUCGGAUUAUCAUUACUCCAAAAAAUGACAGCUAUAUUAAGGAUGCUCGCAUAUGGAUCACCUGCAGAUGCUGUGGAUGAAUAUGUUAGGAUUGGCGAAAGUACAGUAAUAGAGAAUUUGAAGAAGUUCACGAAAGCAGUAGUUGAAAUAUUUGGAGAGCAAUAUUUGAGGCGCCCAAAUACUAGUGACAUCGCAAGGUUGAUGAGCGUGGCUGAGCAGCGUGGAUUUCCAGGUCAUGCCCGUGAACCAAUUAUUAUUUUGGAAGCAAUAGCUUCUUAUGAUCUAUGGAUAUGGCAUGCCUUUUUUAGAUUACCAGGAUCAUUAAACGAUAUUAAUGUGCUAGAUAGAUCCCAUGUAUUCUCUGAAUUAGCAGAAGGUCGUGGUCCUAAAGUUUCGUAUACUAUCAAUGGACAUGAAUAUACCAUGAGAUAUUAUCUUGCCGAUGGUAUAUAUCCCUCAUGGCGUACUUUUGUUAAAACCAUUUCAUCUCCUCAAGGGAAUAAGAAGAAAUAUUUUGCUGCACAACAAGAGUAUGCUAGAAAGGACGUCGAACGAGCAUUUGGAGUCCUACAAUCACGAUUUGCAAUAGUACGUGGACCGGGACAUAUGUGGGAUGUUGAAACACUUAAAUUUAUAAUGGCAUCUUGUAUCAUAUUGCACAAUAUGAUAGUUGAAGAUGAACGUGAUACAACUCAUGAAGAUGUGGAUUUCAACUAUGAUGCAGUUGCUGCUACUCCAACAAUUGAUUUGUCUCGCAAUCACACAAGUGAAGUUAUGGAGUUCAUACAAGUUCACCAUCAAAUUCGAGACAAACAGACUCAUGUACAACUCCAAAAUGAUCUUGUUGAGCAUUUGUGGGAAUUGUAUGGUAAACAUUCGACUUGA